AGAAAGCGAGGCGGCGUGACGUCACACUCGGAGUCUCUUUCCGCCCCGCCCUCCGUGCGCCCCCUGUCGGCCAAGAGGCGGUUGGCAGCCGCCGGAGUCGAGAUACGAAAAAGGCAAGUGGGCGGUGCCGCGAAGGAGGUGGGCGUGGCUUCGUCGGGGCCCCGCCUCCCCCUUGAGUCAGAGGCGCGCGGCGGGCAGACAGGCAGGCAGGCAGGCAAGCGGGCUGCCUGGGAAGCGAGGGCAACAAACAGAGCGGCGGAGAGGCAGGCGGGCGCCCUGAUUGGCGGGCGGAGACAAAGUGGCCGAAUCUUGGGAGCCUGGACGCUCGGAGGAGAGAGGGUGGGCAGCAACGGCCGCAGCGAGCCCGAGGCGCCGUUGUUUCGGAGCGAGGAGAGCGAGUUGGCGGCGUUGGAGAAGGAGGACGGCUCGGGGAGGGGGAGACCGACGCCCGGGAAAAUGAAUCGGAGCGUUAGCCCGUCCCCGAGCCAGGAGAGUUUGGGCUUCGAGCCCUUGGAAGUCAAAAGCAAGUUUGGUGCUGAAUUUAGAAGAUUUUCCAUUCACCGCUAUAAGCCAGGAAACUUUGAAGACUUCUACAAACUUAUUCUUCAUGUUCAUCAUAUAGUCAACAUGAAAGUAACUAUUAGAUAUGCAGAUAUACAUGGGGAUCUACUUCCUAUUAAUAAUAACGACAACUUCUUUAAGUCUCUUUCAACUGCAUACCCAACGCUUAGAAUAUUUGUACAGCCGCAAGAUGAAGACGAUUAUGGUAACUAUGGUUCAAACACCUUAACCAGAAAAAAGAAGGCACUGGUAACCCUCCGGAAUGACAGGCGUCCCCAUGUUAACAUUAGCAUGCCUCAAGACUUUAGACCAGUUUCCUCUAUCAUCGAUGUGGACAUUCUGCCAGAAACGCACAGGAGAGUAAGACUGUAUCGACACAGCUGUGAGAAACCAUUAGGAUUUUACAUUCGUGAUGGGACAAGUGUAAGAGUAACUCCUCAUGGGUUGGAAAAGGUACCUGGCAUUUUUAUCUCGCGGAUGGUUCCCGGCGGUUUAGCUGAGAGUACAGGUUUACUUGCUGUCAAUGACGAGGUCCUGGAAGUCAAUGGCAUAGAAGUCGCAGGAAAAACUCUAGACCAAGUAACAGACAUGAUGAUUGCCAACAGCCAUAAUCUUAUCAUCACUGUCAAGCCAGCAAAUCAAAGGAACAAUAUCAUCAGAAGCAGCCGGAUGUCUGGGAGCUCUGGCCAGUCGACGGAUAGUGCCACAAGUCACCACAGUUUGCCUUCUACUCAUGUCUUGCAAAACUUCCACCCGGAUGAAAUGGAGAGUGAUGAGGAUGCUGACAUUGUCAUUGAGGGCUGUCUGGAGCCUCAGCCCACUCCAAAAUCACAUAGCCUUCCUUCCGGUAGCCUUUCUCCACUUAAUGGCAAUAGUCUUUGCCCCAAAAUACAGAGGGACCUGGUAAUCAGCAGCAGUUUGGGACGGGAAAGUAAUGGAAAUAUUCACAAAAUUUUAAGUUCCUUAAAAUCUGAUCCUCGCCAUAGCUUGGUUCUUCCCAAAGGAGGCAUUGAAGAGGAUGGAACUGUGAUCACACUUUAAUGGUUUUCCCAAGUGUGUGUGUGUUUCUAGUCUGAAGUGCCAAUUGAAACACACUGAAGAAAGAGAGGACCUUUAUUCUCACGGACCUAUUGCUAUUUGAAAUGUGCUGAACUGUCAAGGAAGGAUGGUGUUCACAGUUAGACAUCGAAGGGUCAACUACUGCAACCCAACAGAAAAUGUAAAUAUGAUUUUUGGACCCAGAAUAAGAGAUGGAAUCAUCUUUUUUAUUUAUUUUUUAAUGUAUUUUUAUUAAGGGUAUAUAGGUAGAUAAAGGGGAAGGGGGUUUGGCAAAAAGGGGAAGGGGGUAUUUUUUUUACAAGUAAAGUGGGAGAACAAUAUUGUGAUAGAAAAGUAGGACAUUUAUGAAAGAAUUGUAAAAAAUAAAAAACAAAAAAAGAAAAAAAAGUCCUAGUAAGACUUCCUUCUAGACUUUUGCAGCUUUGUUUUUGUCUCUACAUAUAAAAUCCAUUUUGAGGGUAAACAAAGAAAUUCUUAAAAACCAAAAACAGAAAUGGAACAACUCUUCAUAAUUCUUAAUUCGAGAAAGGAAACAUGUCCACUUUAAUGUUUCUUUUAUUUUCCCUUUUAUUCGUAGUCCUCUAUUUUGAACCAGUCUGUGUGCUUAAUCGAAUUUCCCAAAUUUUUCUUUAAUAAAAAUGUUAAUUUGUCCAUGUC